CAUCCGGGUCUCCCCUGCCGCCGCGGCAUCGCGCGUGAGGGGAGAGCAGCGAGUCGCAAAAUGGCCGCCGCGUCCGUCGGGUCCGCGUCGUCCGCCCUGCCGGGCCCUCCCGCCGCCGCCCUCACCGAGAGCAAGAAGAUCACGGAGCUCCGCGUCAUCGACCUCAAGUCCGAGCUGAAGCGCCGCAACCUCGACGGCGCCGGCGUCAAGACCGUCCUCAUCGCCCGCCUCAAGCAGGCUAUUGAAGAGGAAGGAGGAGAUCCAGACAAUAUUGAAAUAGCUGUCUCAGUUGAUACUCCGAACAAGAAACCAACAAAAGGAAAAGGAAAGAAGCAGGAAACCGAUGAACUGAGUGGUGAUGCUUCAGUGGAAGACGAUUCCUUGGUCAAGGAAAGCGAACUGGAAGCUCAAGAGGCAAGUGACCAGGAUGGGAAUGACGAAUUAAAAGACUCUGAAGAAUCUGUGGAAAAUGAAGAGGAUUCCUCAGCGUCGAAGGCAUCGUUUCCUGCAGAAAAGAAGAAAGCGCAUUCGAAGCGGGCAGGAAAGGAGUCGGGAAACCAGGGCCCUGACGUCCAAGAUGCAGAAGAUGAAAGCUUUGCCGCUGCUCAAGAUGGAGAAGAAGAGAAUGAGAGAGAUAAAGCAGGUUCUGGUGAUGGUACACAAGAAGUAUCUAAGCCUCUUCCCUCAGAAGAGAGCCCGGCUGAGGCAGAUCAGUCGGCUCACGAAGCGCUGGAAGCAAACGCGUCCGGGAAAGAAGCUGAGGACGAUAACAUAUCGGUAACAAUCCAGGCUGAAGACGCCAUCACUCUGGAUUUUGAUGGCGAUGACCUCCUAGAAACAGGUAAAAAUCUGAAAAUUACAGAUUCAGAAGCAAGUAAGCCAAAAGACGGGCAGGAUGGCAUUGCCCUCAGCCUGGAGAAGGAGGGCCAGGACUUUGAGAUGACAGAGAACCAUAAAGAUGGCAAGAAGGAAGACGGCACGAAGGGGGACCCCGUCAAGAAAGAAGCCCGAGAAAGCUCGAAGAAAGCAGAAUCUGGAGACAAAGAGAAGGAUACCUUGAAGAAAGGUCCCUCGACUGCUGGGGCCGCUGGUCAAGCAAAGAGCUCUACUAAGGAAUCUAAAGAAAGCAAGACUACCUCAAAGGAUGACAAAGGCAGCGCGAGCAGUGGCGGCAGCAGCAGCUCCACUAGGAACUUGUGGGUGAGCGGCUUGUCCUCCAACACAAAAGCCGCUGACUUGAAAAACCUCUUCGGCAAGUAUGGGAAGGUCCUGGCUGCGAAAGUGGUCACGAAUGCCCGGAGCCCCGGCGCCAAGUGCUAUGGCAUCGUGACCAUGUCCUCCAGCACAGAAGUGGCCAGGUGCAUAGCGCACCUUCACCGGACGGAGCUGCAUGGGCAGCAGAUCUCUGUGGAGAAAGUGAAAGGCGAUCCUUCCAAGAAGGAGCUGAAGAAGGAGAGCGACGAGAAGUCUGGCUCUGGCAGGAACCCCGGGGAGAAGAAGCUGGCCUCCAGCGACAAAGCCAACAAGACCCCCUCCAAAAAGGACGAUAAGAGAUCUGAGAAGAAAGAGAGCAAGGAUGGAAAGAAAUCUGAAGGUAAAGAUGAGAAGAGCGAUAACGGAUCCAGCUGCCCUGCGCAAGAGCCCGCUAAAUCACCCGAGGAAAAGAAACGAAUCAGUGCAAAAAGCCCCAGUCACAUGGUUGUCCUUGACCAAACAAAGAGGGACCAAGUGCACCCCAGGCCAAUUCGAAGGGGGAGGUUUGAGAAGCCACCGAUGUUAAGGAACAAAGAGCGCUUCAUCCCAGACAAAAUGAAGUUCCGAGACUACAGACCCCGGAAGGACUUUGUGCCCUUUGAGAAGAUGAAGGAGCAAAGGAUGCGGGAGCACAUGCUUCGGCUGGAGCGGAUUCGGCGUGCCGUAGAGCUGCGAAGGCGGAGAGAAAUCGCUGAGCGUGAGCGACGCGAGAGGGAACGCAUCCGACUCCUUCGCGAGCGUGAGGAGCGCGAGCGCUUGCAAAGAGAGAGGGAGCGGCUGGAAAUCGAAAGGCAGAAGUUAGAAAGAGAGCGGAUGGAACGUGAGCGCCUGGAAAGGGAGCGCAUCCGUAUUGAGCAGGAGCGCCGCAAGGAAGCGGAACGGAUCGCUCGGGAAAGAGAAGAGCUUCGGCGCCAGCAGCAGCAGCUUCGUUACGAGCAAGAAAAAAGGAAUUCCCUGAAACGCCCUCGCGACGUUGACCACAGGAGAGAGGAGCCCUACUGGAAUGAAAGCAAGAAGAUGGCUUUGGACACCGACGCCCGGUUCGGCCACGGCUCCGAAUACAAUCGGCAGCAGAACCGGUUUGGUGACUUUGACCACCGGGAGAGGGGCCGAUACCCCGAGGGGUCUGCAGUGCCCUCUUCUACCUUUGAAAGGCGCGAGCGGUUUGUGGCCCCAGGCGAUGGGAAAAAGGCUCGGCCCGCUGCGGGACGAGAGGAGCCGGGCUUUGAGCGGUACCCCAAGAACUUCAGUGGAUCCCGAAGAAACGAGCCCCCCCAGCCCAGAAACGACCUUCAGGACCCGGACAGGAGGGAGGUUAGAGGGGACCGAGACGAGCGGAGGACUGUGAUCGUUCACGAGAGGCCGGAGAUCCCCCACGGCCGCCACCCGCGGGAGGCUGGGCCCAACCCACCCCGGCAGGCUUCAUGGAAAAAUGAAGGAGGCAUCAACCCUGAUAAACGAGACACCAGGGAGAGGCCAGAAAGGUCUGGCCGAGAGGUGUCUGGGCAUGCAGUGAGAGGCGCGCCCACCGGAAGCCGUAGCAGCACCUCUGGGUAUGGAAGCCGGGAGACGGAGCGAGGGGUGAUGGAGCGAGGCAGUGGGGGACAGCAUUAUAACGAGGACCGCCAUGUGGUUGAGCGGCACAGCCGUGACAGCGGGCCCAGGAAGGAGUGGCACGGCCCCAGCUCACAGGGCAGCGGCUACCAUGGCACGAGGCGGAUGGGCGACGGCCGAGCCGGAGGAGGCAUGAUGGCUCCCCACCCAAGUAAUUCACCCAUCAACCGAGUUGUACAGAUCACGGGCAAUUCCAUGCAGAGGGGAAGCGGUUCUGGAUUUAAGCAAUUCAAGAGUGGGCCCCCGCGAAGAUUCUGAGCCCCCCUCAGCACCUCGGUUUCAAGAUAACUUAUUGGAAACCUCUUGUGAACCAGAAGCCUUGGCUGGAAACCUUGUAUUUUUUAAUUUUAACAUAAUCUCUUCCUCCCCUCUUUCUUUUGGAGGCAUUUUAAGACAAGUUAGCUCUGUUGGGUUUGGGCUAGUUCAGUGUAGCACUAGGAGCACAGAAGCAAGUCCCAACUGAUCACGUGGCGGCUGCUGCCGCUGCCGGGAGGGAGGGAGGGAGGGCUCGUUUGGCGCCUGUAGUUUCCUUUACCAGCUUUCGCUCUGUGGUGUCAGGCUAGACAACUUAGGUACUUCUCACACAACCCCCUCCCUACCUGAGCUGUACAUCCCCGCCCCCCCUGCUUUACUGCCGGUAGAGACCAAGGUUGGGUCAGUUGCAUUUCCGGGUCUUUAUUAUGUAACCUGUUUUUGCAGACGUUGUUCCACUGAGUGAACCUGUAUCCUGGCUUAUGUGCCCUUUUGAAAUAAACCUUCAUAAUCUAUAAAA